AGCUCAGCCCCGACAGAGAGCACCAGCUCAGCACCAACAGAGAGCACCAGCUCAGCCCCGACAGAGAGCACCAGCUCAGCCCCGACAGAGAGCACCAGCUCAGCACCAGCAGAAAGCACCAGCUCAGCACCAACAGAGAGCACCAGCUUAGCCCCGACAGAGAGCACCAGCUCAGCACCAACAGAGAGCACCAGCUCAGCACCAACAGAAAGCACCAGCUCAGCCCCGACAGAGAGCACCAGCUCAGCACCAACAGAGAGCACCAGCUCAGCACCAACAGAGAGCACCAGCUCAGCACCAACAGAGAGCACCAGCUCAGCGCCAACAGAGAGCACCAGCUCAGCACCAACAGAGAGCACCAGCUCAGCACCAACAGACAGCACCAGCUCAGCACCAACAGAGAGCACCAGCUCAGCCCCAAAAGAGAGCACCAGCUCAGCCCCAACAGACAGCACCAGCUCCGCACCAACAGACCGCACCAGCUCCGCACCAGCAGAAAGCGGAUCCACGACUAAGUCAGGAACCUCCAACACUGCAGCCAGAACAACAGCAACACUGAGUGCCAGACCAUCAGCGGCAUCACAGGGCCCCACAAGUCAGACAGCCGCACACCCAUCAACAGGAACAACCAACAAUGCCCCAUCCACCACCGGAACGGAAGCACCAGUUACUGGCAACAAGAGCCUACCAUUUUGGGCCAUAAUCAUUAUAGUCCUGGCUAUCCUGCUCGCCAUAUUCAUUAUAUGCACUAUUUGUCUAUUGAUUGCGUUCUGCAUGAGAAGGAAAAGAGUUAGGAGCCACAGUAUAGUACAAAAAAGCUGGGGACAAUAUCGCCUCCAUCUGGAUGAGUAAAAGUAUUACUGAAGAAAGCACCUCGAUCGAAGUUCAAAGCAGUUUAUCAAACUAUUUAUUUUAUCAAAGUUAUUGAAGAGUAUAUGUAUAUAUAUAUUUUAUUAGCACUACAAGAAGAUUAAUAUAUUUGGAAGGGAAUUUUUGUAAAAAACAAAAUUGGCUGGACCAGCGACCGCAGAAUUGUUCAGGGAUUUCUUUUGAGGACUAACAAAUAGCAAAAUACUCCAGAUGCUGGAAAUCUGAAAUAAACACAGAAGUCGCUGGGAAUA